AACAAGCCAAAGGAAGUCAACGGCAGACUUCAGCUUUUAGCGAAACAUAUUUUCAGAAGUCCAGCUACGAAUAUUUGCGCACGUAUCCUGACAACUUUGAGGAAGGCUGUCAGUUUCUUCCUUGCAGCUCCCAGGUCAGACCAUGGGCCUGUGCAAAUGCCCGAAGAGGAAAGUGACCAACCUGUUCUGUUUUGAACAUCGGGUCAAUGUGUGUGAGCACUGCCUGGUCUCCAACCACAGCAAGUGCAUUGUGCAGUCUUACCUUCAGUGGCUCCAGGACAGUGAUUACAACCCAAACUGCCGGCUGUGCAGUACCCCGCUGGCAGCCCAGGACACAGUCCGGCUUGUGUGUUACGAUGUGUUCCAUUGGUCCUGCCUGAAUGACCUAGCUGCCCGGCUGCCCCUGCACACGGCGCCUGCGGGGUACCAGUGCCCCUCCUGCCAGGGCCCCGUGUUCCCACCCGCCAACCUGGCCAGCCCUGUGGCCGACGUGCUGAAGGAGCGGCUCUCCUCCGUCAACUGGGCCCGAGCGGGCCUUGGCCUGCCUCUGAUCGAAGAAACAGUUGAGGUCCCAGAACCUGAACCACAUGAUGUCACCGAUUACACAGAUUGGUCUUCGUUUGACUCCCCAGUCGUGCAGGCUGAGUCUCACCCCACCCAGUCCUACAUCUCCGACCCAGUACCAGCACUACCUCCACCGCCCUCCCAGCUGGACUUUGGUAUCUCCCAUGACAACGGGGGCCUGGCUGCCCAGACCCAUUCUGUGGUGAACGUUAGCAUCCCCAUGGUGAAUGACUCCAUCACAAUCCACACAGCAUCCUCCCCCAGGAAGGUCUAUGACACCAGAGAUGCCGGACACCACUCUGUCACGCAGAUUGACUUUGACGACGACAAGUACCGUCGCCGACCAGCGCUCAGCUGGUUUGCACAGAUACUCAAAAACCGGACAGGCAAGAAGCGGACAGCUUUGACGCUGAAACAGCGGGUCCUCCUGGUCCUGCUGCUAGGCAUGCUGGGAUUCUUCACCCUGAUCAUUGUCAUGGCAAAGCUGGGCCGGGUCUCCGCAGAUGCCGACCCAAACCUGGACCCCCUUCUCAACCCACACAUUCGCGUGGGGAACUAAUGGUCUCCUUGGCCCAGGACCCCCACCCUGGAGCAGGCUAGAGUGAAAACAUCCAGAUACACAACAUAAAUGCGACUUAUGACACUGAGGUUACAACUAUAAGUUUGGAACAAGAGGAACAGAUAUAAUCCUCCUUUCUUGGACUGCAAGGAGGCAAAUGUUUUUUCCCCAGCAACCCCCUAUCUCCACCUUCUUUAGGGAAGAUAGCAGGCAAACACGAGGGUAUAUUUUGUUAAAUAUCAUAUUUGCUAUUCUGAUUUCAUAUGCUACUUUCUUACCCAAAAUGCUGCCUGUAGCAAUCUUGAUUGGCUAAUUCAAGGCCCAAGUCCACACCCCUUUAGAUGGUCUGUUGACCCGUCUCUGAAUGCCUGUGCGGCUUGUGCUUCAGGGGGCAGAACCUAACUGGAAAUCUAUGUAUGCGCCACUCCAGCACAGCAUUCCAAUUAAUUUUGGCACUGGUUAGAAAUGUGGGCGGGGUCAGAGUAGUCUCUCUCUAAGACAUGGGUGGAGAGGGGAGGCAAGUCUGUUUGUAUGAUUAGUGUGUGAUGGUAUGCAUCUGUAUUAAAUCUGUUUGUCUGUUAAUGGGGUUUCCUAACCCUGUGUGUGUGUGUGCGCGUGCGCACAUGUACAAUUCAUUAUGUCUGCUCCUGGGUUGCGCACACACAAGCUGUUAUGUAAGGGAGUUAUGUAAGGGGGCUCAGUGAAAACCCACACAUUUUGGGCAUAUGCUAUUACUGUACAAUGAGUAGCACCCUGGCUGAGCUCCCUCAUCAGUCUCUGGAGUUCAAAAGGUUAAUACAUUCACAUUAGACAUUACAUAUGAAGUUGAUUUUAAAUUCCCAGCCCUGUGCAAGGCUUAAAAAAUGCAUUUCAGAUGAGUGCAUAAAGAAAUCAUAAUAUAUUGAAUGGCUGCAGGGCUGAGUAAAUGAAAUGGGUUUCAGAUAUAUUUUUAAAUUAUAUUUGAGUUCACCUAUUUAAUCAUUUUCAGUUACUUUAUUUAGAUGUAAUUCUAAUAACACUAAUUGCAUACUUUUGUUCAAAUUCAGUUUGCCUCCUGUAUUUGUAGUGUGAAACAAAGUAUGACGUCUCUUUUGGAAUGCCACAGGGCAUUUAUAGCAGUUUAAUUAGUGCUUUUUGGCAAAUUACACUGAUCUCUACAUUUAGGAUUUUGGACAAGAGUGAUGGAUGUAAUAGUGCUGGUUUGCAGCAAUUGGCCAACCAAUGCCACUGCCCCGAAUACAACAAAGUGUUAGUGGUUCUCUGUUAAGGCUACUAUGUGUAUUAAA